AUGGCGGCCACCCUGCCCUCAUCAUCUCGACACAAUCCUCCGAAAAAUCCUCACACUCCGCCACUCCACAAAAUACUCCGACGCAGUCCCGACACCAAACUCCGCACACGCUCCAACGCCACCGCCCCACACCCAACACACACCACCACCCACGCACGUCCUCGCCCUACAGCCACCCUCACGACCCGCCCCUUCAACACAAACCCACUGUCUCCGCCUGCACGCAAGCUCUCCCGCACAAAACCCAAACGCUCCGCACCCCACAAUCCGCCCCCUCUUCAUCUGCGCGCUCACGGGCCUCUUCCCCUUCAUCCAUACCCUCCCUCCCACAUCCAACCAUCUAUGCUCCCACCAAAACUGCCCCUUCUGCUUUCCAACCAGCACACACCCACUACUCACAACGUCCCCCAGGACUACCCAAGGCACAACACCGCCCACGCACUAACACCAACACCCAACAACCACGGUCCACUCGCCCUCCCCAUCUCCACACAACCCUCCAACAAACCCUCACACUCCGCCACUCCACAAAAUACUCCGACGCAGUCCCGACGCCAAACUCCGCACACGCUCCAACGCCACCGCCCCACACCCAACACACACCACCACCCACGCACGUCCUCGCCCUACACCCGCCCUCACGACCCGCUCCUUCAACACAAACCCACUGUCUCCGCCUGCACGCAAGCUCUCCCGCACAAAACCCAAACGCUCCGCACCCCACAAUCCGCCCCCUCUUCAUCUACGCGCUCACGGCCCUCUUCCCCUUCAUCCAUACCCUCCCUCCCACACCCAACCAUCUAUGCUCCCACCAAAACUGCCCCUUCUGCUUUCCAACCAGCACACACCCACUACUCACAACGUCCCCCAGGACUACCCAAGGCACAACACCGCCCACGCACUAACACCAACACCCAACAACCACGGUCCACUCGCCCUCCCCAUCUCCACACAACCCUCCAACAAACCCUCACACUCCGCCACUCCACAAAAUACUCCGACGCAGUCCCGACGCCAAACUCCGCACACGCUCCAACGCCACCGCCCCACACCCAACACACACCACCACCCACGCACGUCCUCGCCCUACACCCACCCUCACGACCCGCCCCUUCAACACAAACCCACUGUCUCCGCCUGCACGCAAGCUCUCCCGCACAAAUCCCAAACGCUCCGCACCCCACAAUCCGCCCCCUCUUCAUCUACGCGCUCACGGCCCUCUUCCCCUUCAUCCAUACCCUCCCUCCCACAUCCAACCAUCUAUGCUCCCACCAAAACUGCCCCUUCUGCUUUCCAACCAGCACACACCCACUACUCACAACGCACAACACCGCCCACGCACUAACACCAACACCCAACAACCACGGUCCACUCGCCCUCCCCAUCUCCACACAACCCUCCAACAAACCCUCACACUCCGCCACUCCACAAAAUACUCCGACGCAGUCCCGACGCCAAACUCCGCACACGCUCCAACGCCACCGCCCCACACCCAACACACAACACACACCACCACCCACGCACGUCCUCGCCCUACACCCACCCUCACGACCCGCUCCUUCAACACAAACCCACUGUCUCCGCCUGCACGCAAGCUCUCCCGCACAAAACCCAAACGCUCCGCACCCCACAAUCCGCCCCCUCUUCAUCUACGCGCUCACGGGCCUCUUCCCCUUCAUCCAUACCCUCCCUCCCACAUCCAACCGAUCUAUGCUCCCACCAAAACUGCCCCUUCUGCUUUCCAACCAGCACACACCCACUACUCACAACGUCCCCCAGGACUACCCAAGGCACAACACCGCCCACGCACUAACACCAACACCCAACAACCACGGUCCACUCGCCCUCCCCAUCUCCGCACAACCCUCCAACAAACCCUCACACUCCGCCACUCCACAAAAUACUCCGACGCAGUCCCGACGCCAAACUCCGCACACGCUCCAACGCCACCGCCCCACACCCAACACACACCACCACCCACGCACGUCCUCGCCCUACACCCACCCUCACGACCCGCCCCUUCAACACAAACCCACUGUCUCCGCCUGCACGCAAGCUCUCCCGCACAAAACCCAAACGCUCCGCACCCCACAAUCCGCCCCCUCUUCAUCUACGCGCUCACGGCCCUCUUCCCCUUCAUCCAUACCCUCCCUCCCACACCCAACCAUCUAUGCUCCCACCAAAACUGCCCCUUCUGCUUUCCAACCAGCUCGCACCCACUACUCACAACGUCCCCCAGGACUACCCAAGGCACAACACCGCCCACGCACUAACACCAACACCCAACAACCACGGUCCACUCGCCCUCCCCAUCUCCGCACAACCCUCCAACAAACCCUCACACUCCGCCACUCCACAAAAUACUCCGACGCAGUCCCGACGCCAAACUCCGCACACGCUCCAACGCCACCGCCCCACACCCAACACACACCACCACCCACGCACGUCCUCGCCCUACACCCACCCUCACGACCCGCUCCUUCAACACAAACCCACUCACACACCCACUACUCACAACGUCCCCCAGGACUACCCAAGGCACAACACCGCCCACGCACUAACACCAACACCCAACAACCACGGUCCACUCGCCCUCCCCAUCUCCACACAACCCUCCAACAAACCCUCACACUCGCCACUCCACAAAAUACUCCGACGCAGUCCCGACGCCAAACUCCGCACACGCUCCAACGCCACCGCCCCACACCCAACACACACCACCACCCACGCACGUCCUCGCCCUACACCCACCCUCACGACCCGCUCCUUCAACAUAAACCCACUGUCUCCGCCUGCACGCAAGCUCUCCCGCACAAAACCCAAACGCUCCGCACCCCACAAUCUGCCCCCUCUUCAUCUACGCGCUCACGGGCCUCUUCCCCUUCAUCCAUACCCUCCCUCCCACACCCAACCAUCUAUGCUCCCACCAAAACUGCCCCUUCUGCUUUCCAACCAGCACACACCCACUACUCACAACGUCCCCCAGGACUACCCAAGGCACAACACCGCCCACGCACUAACACCAACACCCAACAACCACGGUCCACUCGCCCUCCCCAUCUCCGCACAACCCUCCAACAAACCCUCACACUCCGCCACUCCACAAAAUACUCCGACGCAGUCCCGACGCCAAACUCCGCACACGCUCCAACGCCACCGCCCCACGCCCAAUACACAACACACACCACCACCCACGCACGUCCUCGCCCUACACCCACCCUCACGACCCGCUCCUUCAACACAAACCCACUGUCUCCGCCUGCACGCAAGCUCUCCCGCACAAAACCCAAACGCUCCGCACCCCACAAUCCGCCCCCUCUUCAUCUACGCGCUCACGGCCCUCUUCCCCUUCAUCCAUACCCUCCCUCCCACACCCAACCAUCUAUGCUCCCACCAAAACUGCCCCUUCUGCUUUCCAACCAGCACACACCCACUACUCACAACGCCCCCCAGGACUACCCAAGGCACAACACCGCCCACGCACUAACACCAACACCCAACAACCACGGUCCACUCGCCCUCCCCAUCUCCACACAACCCUCCAACAAACCCUCACACUCCGCCACUCCACAAAAUACUCCGACGCAGUCCCGACGCCAAACUCCGCACACGCUCCAACGCCACCGCCCCACACCCAACACACACCACCACCCACGCACGUCCUCGCCCUACACCCGCCCUCACGACCCGCUCCUUCAACACAAACCCACUGUCUCCGCCUGCACGCAAGCUCUCCCGCACAAAACCCAAACGCUCCGCACCCCACAAUCCGCCCCCUCUUCAUCUACGCGCUCACGGCCCUCUUCCCCUUCAUCCAUACCCUCCCUCCCACACCCAACCAUCUAUGCUCCCACCAAAACUGCCCCUUCUGCUUUCCAACCAGCACACACCCACUACUCACAACGUCCCCCAUGA